AUGGUCUACCGUGGAAAGCCUUCUAAAUCGUGCCGGGAGUGCCGAAGACGCGACAUUAAAUGUGAUAAGAUGAAGGAUUGCUGCUCACAAUGUGCUCGUGCAGGACUAUCAUGCUCGGGAUAUGCAAACCCCACCGAUCUGGUCAUUCUCGAUGAGACCCCUGCUACGGCCGAGAAGGUGCUGAGGAAACGCUCUUUGCAGCGUCAGUCCUCCCCUGAUCCUCUGUCAACGAGGCUCCUUCCCACUGUGCUACAAUGUGCAAAGUACCUCUAUAUCUCGCAAUACGUUCAAGACACACCACCAACUGGUCUCUUCUCGUACAUGCAAGUCUUUUAUCCGUCGAAAUCUGACGAUUACCCUCUUCUUGACACUGUGAUCAAUGCUGUGUUCAUGGCCAACUUUUCGUCUUUGCAAGGUUGUCGGCCAGCUCUUUAUCAUGCUCAGGUUGGCUAUGGAUCAGCUUUGUCUCUGACACGGAAAGCGAUCCACUCGCCGAAGGAGGCAUUAUUAGAUAGAACAUUGUUCUCCAUUUUGCUCAUGAGUGUUUUCGAGCGAGUGGCCAAUUCAGGACGGCAAGAAUUCAAUCUGCGGAAUGGACAUUUGCAAGGUGCAGUUAAAUUAAUGUCCUUGAGGGGCACUAGUCAGUUCAUGGAUGAGGGCGGCAUCAUAAUGUUCUCGCACCUUACAGAGCUUGUUAUUCUCGAUUGCCUUGCCAACGAAGUCGAUACUUGA